GCCUCUGCCCCCGCACUGCGCAGGCGCACAGGGCCGGCUCGGAAGCCAUGUUGUGCAAUUACUAGGAUCUGUUAUACUGGAUACUGUACGUAUCUACGGGGGCCGUGGGCUCAAGCGGGAUCUGAGAACUGACUGGUUACUGUGGUGAGAGGGAUCUGGGUCUCCAGUCCCGGGGAGUGCGUGGGAAACAGGGGUGCCGGUGCCCCUUCGGGCGGACACGAUGAGCACGGGCUGUGAUCUCUCUCGUAGGAACCCCCAGGAGGAUUUCGAGCUCAUCCAAAGGAUUGGCAGUGGCACGUAUGGAGAUGUGUAUAAGGAUACAACAGGAAUACAAUGAAAAUUGGACCUGCUGCAGAAAUCGGUUUGGGUGAAAGGUGGCAAACGGCCCGAAAUGUUAACACAGGGGAGCUGGCGGCAAUUAAAGUUAUUAAACUGGAACCAGGUGAGGACUUUGCCGUGGUGCAGCAGGAGAUUAUAAUGAUGAAAGACUGCAAGCAUACAAACAUUGUGGCUUACUUUGGCAGCUAUCUGAGGAGAGAUAAGCUGUGGAUCUGCAUGGAGUUUUGUGGAGGUGGUUCUUUGCAAGAUAUCUACCAUGUUACUGGACCUCUCUCGGAACAACAGAUUGCGUAUGUUUCCCGGGAAACGCUGCAGGGAUUAUAUUAUCUGCACAGCAAAGGAAAGAUGCACCGAGACAUCAAGGGAGCAAAUAUACUGUUAACAGAUAAUGGACAUGUCAAACUAGCUGAUUUUGGAGUCUCUGCUCAGAUUACAGCUACAAUUGCCAAACGAAAGUCUUUUAUUGGAACACCAUACUGGAUGGCUCCUGAAGUAGCUGCUGUAGAAAGGAAAGGAGGAUACAAUCAGUUGUGUGAUAUCUGGGCAGUUGGUAUAACAUCCAUAGAGCUUGCAGAACUUCAGCCCCCUAUGUUUGACCUGCAUCCCAUGAGGGCUUUGUUUCUUAUGACAAAGAGCAACUUCCAGCCUCCCAAGUUAAAAGAUAAGAUGAAAUGGUCAAAUAGUUUCCAUCAUUUCGUCAAAAUGGCACUCACAAAAAAUCCUAAGAAAAGGCCCACAGCGGAAAAAUUACUUCAGCAUCCUUUUGUUACACAGCCACUAAACCGCACACUAGCUAUUGAACUUCUGGAUAAGGUUAACAAUCCUGACCACUCUAGUUACCAUGAUUUUGACGACGAUGACCCAGAGUUUAAGUUUUGGGGGAUCUUUUCUCCUGCAUCUCCUCCUGUACGUCAGGCCCCUCGUUUUGCAGCCUGUCCCAAGCCUAUGGUGGUUGUUCCUCAUAGGAUUCACUCAACGAGUCGAAGUGUGAGAGAAGAGAAAACGCGUUCAGAAAUAAACUUUGGCCAAAUUAAGUUUGACCCCCCGCUGAGAAAGGAGACAGAGCCACAUCAUGAUCUGCUCGACAGGGACGAUUUUUUGGACAGUGCUGAAGACAUAUACUACACUGCAAGAUCUAAUCUGGAUUUACAGUUAGAGUUUGGACAAGGACCUCAAAGCAACUAUUUUCUAGGUGCCAAUAAGAGUCUUCUGAAAUCAGUCGAAGAAGAAUUGCACCAACGGGGACAUGUGGCUCAUUUAGAAGAUGAUGAUGGGGAUGAUGAUGAAUCUAAACAUUCAACCAUAAAACCCAAGGUACCACCUCCUUUACCGCCAAAGCCUAAAUCUAUAUAUGUCCCACAAGAAAGCAAUGCUUCUGAAGAUGACAACCAAGGAACCAUAAAGAGAAGUCCAGUUUUAGAGAGUCCAGCACGGCCUACAUCUUAUGUACCUCCAAGGCCUCCCCCUCCACGGUUACCUCCCCACAAGCCCAAUGCUUUAGGCAAUGGAGUGGGUUCAUUCCACCUGAACGGAGACAAGGAAUCGUCUUUACUUUCACAGCAGAAUGAAAGUCAUAAUUCCAAGUCACUGAAUUUGCCUACGAGAAAAGAGAAGAAAGAUGUGCCGAAGCCAAUUAGUAACGGACUUCCACCCACGCCUAAAGUACAUAUGGGUGCUUGUUUUUCAAAAGUAUUUAAUGGUUGCCCUUUGAAGAUCCAUUGUGCAACAUCAUGGAUAAAUCCAGAGACAAGGGAUCAGUACUUGAUAUUUGGUGCUGAGGAGGGUAUUUACACCUUGAAUCUGAACGAGUUGCAUGAAACCUCAAUGGAACAGCUUUUCCCAAGGAGGUGUACCUGGCUGUAUGUCAUGAAUAACUGCCUGCUUUCCAUAUCUGGUAAAGCAUCUCAGCUCUAUUCCCACAACCUACCUGGGAUUUUUGAUUAUGCAAGGCAAAUGCAGAAACUCCCUGUUUCCAUCCCAGCACACAAGCUUCCUGACAGGAUACUGCCCAGGAAGUUUGCUGUUUCCACAAAAAUCCCUGAAACAAAAUGGUGUCAGAAGUGCUGUGUUGUAAGAAAUCCUUAUACAAGCCAUAAGUACCUGUGUGGAGCUCUGCAGUCCAGCAUCGUAUUAUUAGAGUGGGUUGAACCGAUGCAGAAGUUUAUGUUAAUCAAGCACAUUGACUUCCCAUUGCCCUGCCCUCUCAUGUUUUUGGAGAUGCUUGUUGUCCCAGAGCACGAAUAUCCCUUGGUCUGUGUCAGUGUCAGCAAAGGGACUGAUUUCAACCAAGUAGUGCGAUUUGAGACGGUCAAUCCGAACUCUACCUCGUCGUGGUUCACAGAAACAGAUACUCCACAGACUGGUGUUGUACAUGUGACACAGCUGGAGCGGGACACCAUUCUUGUCUGCCUAGACCGUUGUAUAAAGAUUGUAAAUCUUCAGGGAAGACUGAAAUCUAGUCGAAAAUUGUCUUCGGAACUUACAUUUGAUUUUCAAAUAGAAUCCAUAGUCUGCCUACAGGACAGCGUUCUGGCUUUCUGGAAGCAUGGCAUGCAGGGCAGAAGCUUUCGAUCAAAUGAAAUCACACAGGAAAUCUCAGAUAGCACACGGAUAUUCCGACUUCUUGGUUCAGACAGGGUCGUUGUUUUGGAAAGCCGGCCAACUGACAACCCUACAGCCAACAGCAACCUAUACAUUCUGGCAGGCCAUGAGAACAGUUACUGAAAGCCUUAUUGCACAGCCACACAUCACCAGGGACACACUACACCCGCCAUCUUACCACAAACCUCGACGUCAGACAAAGGCCACACAAAUGUAGUGGCUGUGUUUUCUAGAGAUAUAAAUAUAUAAAUAAUUUAUUGCGGCAUGAAACAAAGAUAAGGAAUUUAUUAUGACAUGGUGGGGAUUCUUUUUCUGUAACGCCUCCACGCAAGUCACCAUUGUGUAAUCUUUGUACAUACAGGUAGUAUUACACCCUCCCCUCCCACCACACCUGCUGUGGCUUGUCAUACUCAAAUCACUCACGUGGCUAGUGAUCCCUUUAUGACAUACAAGUGUCUUAAUUGUACAGAUGUAAAGGUCGUCUGUGAGAUUGCAGAACAGCGGGUUCAUCAUUCUGAGAGUGCAAACCUUCCUCAGGAUGGAAUGGCCACUUGGAAAGGACCCCCCUCUCCUUUAUUAACACUAUUGGAUUUUUUUUUUAUUCUGUGUAAUUUAGUAAUGGCAAUAUAGAUUUUUGUAUAAUGAACUGUAAUCUAUAGAUAAGUUGUAAGCAUUUUUAUGACACACUUAACUUAAUGCAAGUACACUGGUGUUUCUAUUUGCACAAGAUAUCGUCACGUGAUGUUCUGCGUCACAGGGUUAACGGGCGACUACUGUGAAAACGCAUUGGCUUUAUGUUGUAAGUUUUUUUUUGUUGUAUUACAGAUGGAGAAAGGCACAUUACCUUGAAAUGUAUUAUGUGAGCAUAUGUGUAUGUAGGUGUCUGUACAUGUGUGUGUGUAUAUAUAGAGAUAGAUAUAUAUAUGUACACACACCACUGACUCACUGGCUCACAUAGAUAUCUAUUGAGAAAGCCACUGCUACAAGCAGCCAUCAGUUCCUGGCAAAGCUGCACUUUGAAUCUCCCUUUUUCCCAGGUUCACAAACACCAAAGCUUGUUUAAAUCUCGUGUGUGUACUGGAAAGCAAUGGCAAGGCCAUGUGUGUAACAUGAAACAGGUAUGUCCACAAUCUGAAUAUAAACGGACACAUAACAUUUCAGCCACACACUGAACAUCCUAAACAUUCCUCUUUUUACAUGUGUAUUCAUGAAUACAGGUAUGGGACCUGUUAUCCCGAAUGGACAACAGGACCUGGGAGUUUUCAUACCUUAAAGGGAUGGGAAAGAAAAUGUUUUUUUUUUUCAAAACGCAGCAGUUAAUA